AUGGAGCGGGAUACUUACGCUCUAUAUCAUACUUUGGGUGUACAAAAAACUGCUACCGAAGAAGAAAUUAAAAAAGCAUAUAGACGUUUAGCAUUAAGAUACCACCCGGAUAAAAAUCCAAGUGCUACCGAUCAGGCCAUUACUCAUGCUUAUGAAAUCCUAAGCGAUCCAAAAAAGCGUCAAGUGUACGAUAAAUAUGGAGAGAUGGGAAUUAGUAUGCUGGAUUCUGUAGCCGAUGGUUCUGUAUCAUGGAGUUAUGGUGUUGUUUUCAUACCAAUAUGGAUCGAAGAUGCUCUUUUAUUUUUUGUUUUUAUUGCUUAUGCAAAUGCAAGAAAAGAUUCUUCGGAAAUUGAUGAUGAUGAUUAUGAAGGUCUAUAUCAUCAAGAUCCUGAGGUUAGAGAACAAGCUAGGGAAGCUAGGCGAAAACAACUAAGAGCUCUCUCAAGGACAAGGAAUUUUUUAUAUAAUGUUUAUUUGGUAAUGAUCUUAUUAUUUCAAGUUUUUAUCGUUCUUCGAGCUGAUUCUAUAAUAACAUGGAAAGCCGCUAUGAUAUUUGCUCCUUAUUUUGUUGUCGAGGCUAUCAACUUAUAUCCUACUUUCUUGGUUUAUUUGGAUCGCUUAAAAACUCCUAUAGUCCUUGAUGUCAAUGGCAAUCCUUCUCUUUAUCUUAAGUUUAAGUGUUUCUUUGAUACUUUUUGGUGGUUUGCCAUUCGUGUUUCUCUUGCCAUUUUAAUCGUACUCAAAAUUGAUCAAAUUCUCAUUUGCGAUUGGGCCGUUAUUUUCAUCCCAUUAUAUCUAGUUGGUAUUAGAUAUGGUUUGCAAAUUUUAUGGCUAUGGUGGAAUUUAAGGAGAACUGAACCUUUACAAAAUAAGGGAAGAGUGGAUGUCAUUGUUGGUGCCGUUUCAUUUAUCAUUGUGGGUUCAUUAUCUUAUAUUGUUAUAGGAUUAUUAGCUAGUAGGUUGGAUGCAUGGAAUGUGGAUGAUCUUGAAAAUGGUUCGGAUUCUGCGUUUAAAACUCAUGAUAAACGGAUUACUUAUCCUACAGCGGCUGGUCCAAGUACUUCAUUUGCUAGUGGUAGCAAUGAAACUGCAAAGGAUGAUGCAUGUAUCAUCGUCCGUUCUGAAGAGGAUACCACCGUUUUAUUACUGAACUCUCGUAUAAUGAAAGAUCAUGAUUAUCAAAAACAACAAGUUUGGACUGAACCUAACGGAUUAGACUUGGCUUUAAGUUUUCAGGAAGCUGAGG